GCCAUGGUGGAGACGGUGAACAACCUCCUGCAGCCGCAGGCUUUGAACGCGUGGAGGGACCUGAACGCGAGCGAGCAGCAGCGCGCGGCCACCAAGCUACUGGACACGGUGGAGGACAGCGCCUUCGUGCUGGCCGAUAACCUGCUGAAGACCGACAUCGUCCGGGAAAACACUGACAACAUCCAGCUGGAAGUUGCGAGACUGAGCACAGAUGGGAAUCUGGAAGAUCUGAAGUUUCCCCAGAACAUGGGCCACGGGAGCUCCAUUCAGCUGUCGGCAAACACCUUGAAGCAAAACGGUCGAAACGGUGAAAUCAGGGUGGCUUUCGUGCUGUACAACAACCUGGGCACCUAUCUCUCCACGGAGAACGCCAGCAUGAAGUUGGGAACAGAAGCAAUGUCAACCAAUCACUCCGUCAUUGUCAACUCCCCCGUCAUCACGGCAGCAAUAAACAAAGAGUUCAGCAAUAAGGUUUACCUAGCUGAUCCCGUGGUGUUCACCGUCAAGCACAUCAAGCAGUCAGAAGAAAAUUUCAAUCCAAACUGUUCAUUCUGGAGCUAUACAAAGCGUACGAUGACGGGGUAUUGGUCCACCCAGGGGUGUCGCCUGCUGACAACGAACAAGACGCACACCACGUGCUCCUGCAAUCACCUAACCAACUUUGCUGUCCUGAUGGCACACGUGGAAGUCAAGCACAGCGAUGCAGUCCAUGACCUGCUCCUGGACUUUAUCACAUGGGUUGGCAUCCUGCUCUCGCUGGUCUGCCUCCUGAUCUGCAUCUUCACCUUCUGCUUCUUCCGCGGGCUGCAGAGCGACCGCAACACGAUUCACAAGAACUUGUGCAUCAGCCUCUUCGUGGCAGAGCUCCUCUUCCUCAUCGGCAUCAACCGGACUGACCAGCCGAUUGCUUGCGCCGUCUUUGCUGCCCUCCUGCACUUCUUCUUCCUGGCGGCUUUCACCUGGAUGUUCCUGGAGGGCGUGCAGCUCUACAUCAUGCUGGUGGAGGUUUUUGAGAGCGAGCACUCCCGGAGGAAGUAUUUCUAUUUGGUCGGUUACGGGAUGCCUGCGCUGAUCGUGGCCGUGUCGGCAGCGGUGGAUUACCGGAGCUACGGCACGGAUAAAGUAUGUUGGCUCCGACUUGACACCUACUUCAUUUGGAGCUUUAUAGGACCAGCGACCUUGAUAAUUAUGCUUAAUGUCAUCUUCCUUGGGAUCGCACUCUAUAAAAUGUUUCAUCAUACGGCCAUCCUGAAACCCGAAUCUGGAUGUCUUGACAAUAUCAAGUAA